CUUAUAUUCACAUCGUGUAUAGAUAUACCAAAUACAAAGAGUAGGAGAACUUCUUUUUGAACGCCUCAUCCAGUUUUCUCAUAUACCUUCAGAACUACCUUGAUUGGUAGUGUUCGCCAGUAUUGAAAAGUUUGUCGCGAAAUCAACAUCGAAAUUGGUGAAAAAAAUUUCUUUUAAACGAUCGCCGGCUUUGAAGCCGAGAGAUCGGUAAAAUAAACCACCGGUAGAAAGUGCGAUACGCGCGUGGAACCGUAAAAAAAAAAUUUCACGCGAAAAAAAGAAAACGUUUGUGAGGUGUGUUUGCAUUCAGAAUUGACAACAUGGAUUGGUGGAGGAGUUUCUUAUUUUUACAAUUUUACAUAUCCGGAUGCGUUUUAGCAGAAUCGUAUUACACGGUCAUCGCUCCGAGAGUGGUACGUCCUAAUUCGGAAUACCAUGUAGCAGUAAGCACCGCAGGCAUAUCAGUCCCAUCUAUCAUAUUGGUUGAAUUAAAUGCUCGUCAAUAUGAUGGGAAAGAAAUUAAAAUUGCUUCAAAAUCAGCGAAUGUUGCACCCUAUUCAACAGAGACGGUCGUUCUUCAAAUUCUGGACAUUGGUCCAGCGGAUUAUCGUUUAAUGGCUCGAGGAAUAGCUGGAAUUGAAUUUGAAAAUUCCACGGACGUGAGAUAUGUUCAUAAAAGUUAUUCUGUUCUUAUUCAGACAGACAGAGCAGUUUAUAAACCGGGAAAUAAAGUAAUGUUUCGAUGUAUUUUAUUGAAUUCCGGUAUGAAACCUGCAAAUCCAAAACAAGUGGAAAUCCAUGUGAUGGAUGGAAAAGGUAAUAGAAUAAAACAAUGGGUUCGUCCAACACUCACACGAGGUGUAUUCGGUGGUGAAAUAGAAUUAUCAGAAUCUCCUGUAUUGGGCGAUUGGAAAAUAGUCGCAAUUGUUGAUGAACAAACAAUUGAGAAAGAAUUUCAAGUCGCCGAAUAUGUGCUACCAAAUUUUGAAGUUUCAAUUGAUUCUCCAGCGCAUAUUGCAUUUAAAGAUGAGAAAAUUCACGUCACAGUACGAGCAAAAUACACGUAUGGAAAAUUUGUAAAAGGAGAAGCAACAAUAACAGCUUAUCCGGAUAUUAUUUCAAGUGUUUUACAACCUCUUUACCAGCCUGUACGAAAAGUCGUUGAUAUCGAUGGGAAAGCAUCUGUUGAUUUCGAUAUUUACAAGGAAUUAAGACUGAAAGACGACGACUAUUUUCGACCGGUGAAAAUUGAAGUUGCAGUUGAAGAAGCAUUAACCGGACGUCGACAAAAUACAUCAACACAAAUAUUUCUCCAUAAACACAGAUAUUCAAUGGAAUUAGUACAACAAUCGGGAUACUAUAAACCAGGAUUAAAAUAUACCACAUUUAUCAAAGUAUCAAGUCAUGAUGGAUCACCUGUACAGGAUUCAAAAACACCAUUACAAAUUUCCAGUACUUAUGAUAAUGUCGAAUUUAAGAAUUUUACAAAACUAUUAGAUCAAAAUGGAAUGGCUGAAUUAGAAUUUUAUCCACCAAAUAAUGCCAGUGAAAGUUUAAAAAUUGAGGCAAAAUAUUUUAAUCUUCAUGAACAAUUUCCUUAUGUUUAUCCAGUUGCAAGUUCUUAUAAAGCUUACAUUCAGGCAGUGUUAAAAAAACCAAUUCAGAAAGCUGAUUUAUCAUUUGUAGAAAUUGAAGUAAAUUCAACAGUUCCGAUGAAAUAUUUAAAUUAUCAAGUUUUCGGUCGUGGAAAUAUUCAAACUGCUGGCACAAUUAUGGGCGACAAUAGAAAUUCACUUACGUUUAGGUUUAAAUCAACACCACUUAUGGCACCAACAGCUCAUUUAUUGGUUAAUUUUAUCAGCGAUAAUGGUACAGUAAUUGCUGAUUCAAUUGAUAUUGAUAUUGAAAAUUCAUUGCAAAAUUUUGUUGACGUGAAAAUGAGUUCGGAAGCAGGUCCAAGUGAUGAGAUCAGUUUAACAGUUUCCACAAAUCCAGAUUCUUACAUCGGACUUUUGGGAGUUGAUCAGAGAUCUCUUUUGUUAAAAUCCGGCAAUGACAUUUCCCACGAACAAGUGGAGAAUGAGAUGAAAUCUUACGACAAGGCCGAUACAUAUGAACUAUAUCAUAGAGGAGGCGCUGAAACUUCUAGUGAAGUUUUCACUAACGCAGGUGCUGUGAUUAUCACAAAUGCUUACGUCCACUAUUCAUUUCCAAUCGAGAAACCAGGUAUAUUGGAGGGUAGAAUAACAGGCUCUCCUGAAGGUGUUCCUACAUUGCGACCAGAUAUUGGUCCACCUAUUACGCAUAGGCUUGCAACAAGACCACCAUUGGCAGGUCCUUUCGCCUUCUCACGAAUCCCGUUUCCCGUUUGGAAUAGACCCCGUGUUUUCUUAAUGCAUGACAUUAAAGACACAUGGCUUUUCACAAAUUCGUCUUCAGGAAUUGAGGGCAGGGCAGUUAUUCGAAAAACGGUGCCAGAUUCUAUUACUUCCUGGGUGAUUAGCGCUUUUACAAUUAAUGACGUUCAAGGUUUUGGUCUAAUCGAAACGCCUAGAAAGUUGAAAGUUUUUAAACCCUUCUUCAUAUCUAUGAAUCUUCCCUAUUCGGUGAUACGAGGAGAAAUUGUUGCCAUACCUAUUGUUGUCUUUAAUUAUAUGGAUAAAGAUUUAAUAGCUGAGGUGGUAUUGGAAAAUAGAAAUCAAUUUGAAUUUGCUGAAAUUUCCAACGAAGUUCAUGAUUCACCGAAAUUUGAAAUGCACAGAAGCAAAAUUGUCAAGGUAAAGGGAAAUUCAGGAGCUAGUGUUUCAUUUAUGGUGAUACCAAAGGAAAUUGGAUAUAUUACAAUUGCAGCUAAUGCAACAACAAAUAUUGCUGCCGAUGGUAUUGAAACAAAACUUCUCGUCAAGGCUGAAGGUGAAACGCAAUAUCGAAAUAAUGCAACGUUCAUUGAUUUGAGAACAAGUCGAUCGGUUUCAACAACUUUAUUGGUUGAUAUGCCAAAAAAUAUCGUAACAGGUUCAGAAUUUGUCGAAAUAUCUGCAGUAGGCGAUAUUUUGGGACCAAGUAUUCCAAAUUUGGCAAAUUUAAUUAAAAUGCCUUCGGGAUGUGGAGAACAAAAUAUGUUGAAUUUUGUGCCAAAUAUAGUAAUUCUUGACUAUUUGACGAAUACAAAUCAAUUGAAACCUGCUAUCGAGAGUAAAGCCCUUAAUUAUUUGCAAAUUGGUUAUCAACAAGAAUUAACAUAUCGUCACAAUGAUGGUUCGUUCAGUGCAUUUGGAGAAGCAGACGCUAGUGGAAGUACAUGGUUAACAGCCUUCGUUGCAAAAUCCUUUUAUCAUGCAAAAAAAUAUAUCGACAUAGAGAAACAAAUUAUUUUUGAUGCUCUACAAUGGCUCGCUGAUAAACAAGAUGUAAAUGGAAGCUUCCCGGAAGUGGGAAAAGUCAGUCAUCAGGAUAUGCAAGGAGGUGCUGCAAAAGGACUUGCCCUUACAGCCUACACCCUCAUAACAUUCCUCGAGAAUAAGGAAACAAUGAAUCGUUAUCAAAAUACAAUUUACUCGGGUGUUAAAUAUAUCACUGAAAAUCUUGAUGAUUUGGAUGAUGUUUAUGCAUUGAGUUUAUGUACAUAUGUUUUGAAUCUUGCAAAAAAUAUGUACGAGGACACGGCAUUUUAUGCAUUGGAGAAAAAAGCAAUGGAAGAUAAACAACAUGGUACAAAAUGGUGGAGUAAACCAGUUCCAAAAGAUGAUAAAAAUCCAUGGUAUUCAUUACCAAGAUCAGUUGACGUUGAAAUGACAUCUUAUGUUUUAUUGACAUAUUUGCAAAAAAAUCUCGUCACCGAUGCUAUUCCACUUAUGAAAUGGCUUGUUACGCAAAGAAACAGCGAAGGUGGUUUCGCUUCAACACAGGAUACAGUAAUUGGAAUUCAUGCUUUAGCCAAAUUAGGAGAAAAAUUGGCAACCAAGGACAAUAAUGUUGCAAUUACUUUCACAUAUGAGAAUGGCGGACAAAGUCAAAUAAAUAUUAAUCCAGCUAAUGUAAUGAUUCUACAAAAGCACGUUCUGCCAAAAAAAACUCGAGUCGUCAAUAUAACGGCAAGUGGAACUGGUUUUGCUUUUGUACAAGUGUCAUCGCGUUAUAAUUUAAAUGUAACUGGGGCUUGGCCACUUUUCACGCUCGAUCCACAAAUUACAAGAGCCUCAAAUGAACAUCAUCUUCAGCUUACUGUUUGUUCUGGCUUCGUGCCAACAAACGAGACAAGCGAGAGUAAUAUGGCAGUUAUGGAAGUGAGUUUACCGUCAGGUUUCACGGUCGAUAUGGAUUCGCUGCCAAGUUUGGAAGCUUUUCACAAUGUUAAACGUGUGGAAACGAAAAAUGGUGAUACCAUGGUUGUACUUUAUUUCGAUAAGAUGAAUGUUACAGAAAAUUGCCCGACAGUUUCUGCAUUUAGAACACAUAAAGUUGCAAAACAAAAGCCAGUACCAGUAUCCGUUUACGACUACUAUGAUUCAACAAGAAGAGCACGUGCAUUUUAUAAACCAACUUUAACAACUUUGUGCGAUAUUUGUGAGGAGGAAGAUUGCGGUAAUGUUUGCAAAUCACAACCCCAUCCUGGCUCUAUUAGAUCAGCAUCAAGUGCUAUUCAUAUCCCUUGUACAUAUUUGGCCCUACCUAUAUUUAGUGUCUUUAAGUUAUUUUUACUUUAGAAAAUAAUAUAAAGAUUUAGAGAUCUAUUUUUUCCCCCCCGUAAGAAGUAAACAUAAGACUAAGGAUAAAUUCAGUGCCUUGCACCAGAAAUGAUAACCAAAGCGUUUUUUUUUUAAUUGAAUCAAUAUAUAUCUAGAAUUAACGACGUAUUUUUUUUUUUUUUGCAAAUACAGAAGUGACUUGUGUUUAUUUUUUUUAUUCCUCGAAAAAUUGAGGUAAAAUUUUUAUGCAAGAAUUAUAUAUUACAUAAUGAAAAAAAACACGUGUAUAGACGCAACAAUUUAAAAAGAAAAAAAACGAAUGGGUACUGUAUAUGUGUGUAUUUAAGUAUGUUUUGUAAUAUGAACUAUACUAAUAAAAUGUAUUAUUGUUACCUAUAAA